CAUUUGGUUGGAUAGAUAAAAACAGAGAAGAAAGAAUAUAAUAUGUUGGAAAAGACUUAAAUACUGACUGAAGACACCAAACUUCUCCCUCUUUUCUUUCUCUCUUUCUUUGCAAACCAAUCAGAAGAAAAGCACAAUAUCUCCCCAACCUUCUCUCUUCUCUCCCAAAGAACUGUAGUGUGAUAGGAUUGAAGGUGCCACUGAAAGGAAAGAAGGUCAUUGACGAAUUGCGGAGAUUUAAGAAAACGUAUGGAGUGUGAUGGGAUGGAUGAUAAUAUGGCGGAAUGGUCAAAUCUUCCCAAAGAACUAUGUGAUAAGAAGUUGCAUGUUCCCAAUAUUGGUGAUAAGGAAACAACUAUAUUAAUCAAUGUGGAUGAUGAUGGUGGAUAAAACAUGUGUUAUGAUGAUAUAAUGCUUUACAUGGGACAGCUUUAUGUUGUUGAUGAAAAGGGGACGAUUUUCUGGAUCAAUUUAUUGUCUUUGAAGUUGGUUCAGUUUUCACCAAAAUUGUAUGGUUAUGAUAAAAUGAAAUAUAGAUUUGUGAAUUCUGGUGAAGAAGUGUAUUUAACGGUGAGUUCAGAUAAAAAGAAGAAACAAUUAGUUGAGUAUGAUGGAAGUUUCUAUGUGGUUGAUUUGUAUAUUAAUUGUGAAAGCUAUACCAGGGAGGAUUACUACAAGGUUUUUUAUGCUAAAGUUUAUAAGCUUGAUCAAGAAUGGGGUAAUGAUUUGGGUGAUGUUUUGUUUGUUUUGGGUAAAGACUCAAACUUUUCAUUGUUGGCUAAAGAUUAUCAUGGAUGUCAAGGAAAUUGCAUCUACUUCUAUUCUAAAGGCACGGCUUAUUGUUUCAGAUUGGAGAAUUCAAAGUGUAAGCGUGUUAAUAACAUUUUUUGGCCUUGUCCAACUUUGUUCCAUUCUGUGACCAGUUAAUUUGUAAGUAUAAUUAUGCACACGAUGAUGAAAUAUGAUUUUAGUGUCUUGUGGUGUGACUUCUUUGGAAGCACACUUUUUAAUGAUUAGUAUGCUUUGUUUA